AAAAAAAGAAAAAGAAAUUAAAGGUAAUUUGUAGAACAAGACAUGAUCAUAUGAAUGAUAACAUACUUAUUGACAACCUUAGCAACAAGGAAACUUGAUUGAUUUGGUGUUGACAGACAAAUCAAUCGUCGUCUUUGUUUCUGAAUUUGGAGGAAGAAGAAGAAGAAGAAGAGAUGGUGCUGACUCAGAAGCUUCACGAAGCUUUCAAAGGCACCGUCGAGAGAAUCACAGGUCCCCGCACCGUCUCCGCCUUCAAAGAGAAAGGAGUUCUCAGUGUCUCCGAGUUCGUCAUCGCCGGCGAUAAUCUCGUCGCCAAGUGCCCCACCUGGUCAUGGGAAUCGGGUGAACCGAGCAAGAGGAAGUCAUAUUUACCAUCUGACAAACAAUUCUUAAUCACAAGAAACGUGCCUUGUCUACGGAGAGCUGCAUGUAUUGAAGCAGAAUAUGAAGCUGCUGGAGGGGAAGUUCUACUUGAUGAUGAAGAGCAUGAUGGGUGGCUAGCAACCCAUGGGAAACCCAAAGAAGGAAAAUCUGAUGAGGGUGACAAUUUACCUUCUAUGGAAAGCCUAGAAAUCAGCAAAAAGAGUCCCAUUAAGCAAAUUCAUUCCUACAUGGGAGGUGACGAAGAUGAUGAUAUUCCAGAUAUGGCAGAGUUUGAAGAAACUGACAACGUUAUUGAGACAGAUGCUGCCACUCUUCAGUCCACAUAUCUAGUUGCUCAUGAACCUGAUGAUGACAAUAUCCUACUAACCCGCACAUAUGACAUCAGCAUCACGUAUGAUAAAUAUUAUCAAACACCUCGGGUGUGGCUUACUGGAUAUGAUGAGUCAAGAAUGCUGUUGCAACCAGAACUUGCCCUUGACGAUGUUAGUCAAGAUCAUGCACACAAAACGGUAACAAUUGAAGACCACCCUCACUUGCCUGGGAAGCAUGCAUCUAUUCAUCCAUGUCAACACGGAGCAGUGAUGAAGAAAAUCAUUGAUGUGUUGAUGUCACGUGGUGUUGAGCCUGAAGUUGACAAGUACCUAUUUUUAUUCUUGAAGUUUAUGGCCUCUGUAAUUCCAACAAUUGAGUAUGAUUACACUAUGGACUUUGACCUUGGUAGCUCCAGCAAUUGACUAAGUCAUGGAUGCUAUUUAAUUUGCUAUAUGCUGUUGCUCUGGUACCAAAAUGGGGCUUCAUGAUGUUCAAUUUUGGUAGUCAUUGUGAUGAUUUGUACUUUUUGGGGUUUUCAGAUGAUAGCUGCUCCUUCAAGUUAUAACAAGGGCAUAUUCCCCAUCGUUGGUUUUCAUUGAUCCAUUGCAGCCACACUUUGUUUUUAAUCUAAGCGCACAUUAAAACUGGGAAUAAUCAUUGAUUGUUACCCAGUUAGUGUACAUGCCAUGUAAAUUAUGGACAAAUUUCCUUGGAGAUAUGUACAAUAAUUUUAAUUCAGUUGAACAAAUUAUAUCAUGACUAGCCCGAUCGCACGGGUUAAUGCCUGGUGUACAUAAAUUGGUAUGUCAUUCCAUUCUGAAGACUAUCACAGGUUACAAUAUAAAUUAGGCCAUGGCUGACUUGAAGUUCAUAGCUCUUGCUCAUGGUCAAAUUAUCUA